AUGGAGCACCUCGAGUCCAACGGCCUACUAGGCUACCAUCAACGCGCAUUCCGGUCAGGAUAUGGUACUGGGACCUACCUAGCGAACCUCGGAAGUAUUCUUGACGAUGCAAUGAAGGCACAGGAACGCGUAGAAAUCGUAUCCCUCGACCUUGCCAAGGCCAACAACCGAGCCAGGAGCCCUGGCAUUCUCAAGCAACUGGUAGAUUGGGGAGUAUCCGGGAACCUCUUGAAGUUUAUUCAGAACUUCCUUACUAACAGAACCUUCGAGGUUCUGAUCGGAAACCACCGAUCAAAGGUCAUGAAGGAGGAGACCGGAGUGCCUCAAGGCUCUGUGAUUUCGGUCACACUCUUCCUUGUGGCCAUGAGCGGGGUUACUCUGGUGUUGCCGAAAGGGGUGUAUAUAUGA